AUGAAUAAUACUGCACUUGCAUAAAUCAGAAAAUUACAAACUGGGGAAAAUAGAUAUUGCUUUGAGUGUCAGACUGGUAGUCCAACAUGGGCAAGUUUACCUUAUGGAAUUUAUCUUUGUUAUAAUUGUUCAGGUUUACAUAGAGGAAUGGGUGUUCAUCUUACAUUUGUAAGAUCUAUUGAAAUGGAUUCCUGGACUGAUAAAUAAUUGGCUAUGAUGCAUUUAGGUGGAAAUCAACAAUUAAGAAUCUUCUUUGAAUCGCAUGGAAUUUAAAUUACAGAUUCAAAUAAAUGGAAAACUUAUGCUGCACAUUAUUAUAGAGAAAAAGUAUGCUAUCAUAUCCCUAAUUAUAUAAGAUGAAGGCAUAAAUUAAUUAAACAUAGAUGCCUGAAAUACCUAAUGAUUGGACAGCUAUCCAAGAAAUACCAAAACCAUAAAUUUAAUAAUAAUAACCUCAAAUUCAAUAAGACCCUACUCCAGAAUUUAAUGUACUACUUCGUUGCCUAUUAUAGUUCUGGGAAUCAGCAUCAAAAUCAACAAAAGAAGCAUUUGCAUCCAUUGAUGAGAAGAUCUCGAAAGUCAAUAUCAAAGAAGAAGCAACAUAAUUUGGAUAAUCAAUUUCAGCAAAAACUAAAUAAAUAGGAGUAAAUAAUUAUAAUAUUCAUAGGAAUAAUCUACUAAGGUUGCAGACAAAGCAUUUAAGAGUUUAAAAAGUGGAUUUAAUGAAGCAUUUGAAUUUUUAAAAACAAAAGCAGAUUAAGUUAUUGGAAAAGAUAAAUAAUAAUAAUAAUAGCAAUAAUAAUAGUAAUAAUAAUAACAAAAAUAAUAAGAAUAGCAAUAAUAAUAAUAGCAAUAAUAAUAACAACAAUUAUAAUAAAAUAAUUAUUUUUUGGAUAAUCAAUAAUAAGUUAAUCAAUUUUAGAUGGAUAAUUAAAACUUUAAGCAGACUAAAGAAAACUAAGAUUUAUUUGA